AGACUAGACUGUAAACUGGGAGUGUGUGAGAGAGAGAGCCGACUCGGCUAGGGCCUAUAGGGCUUGGUGAUAAUGUGUUUAUGAUAUUUAUAUCACCAAGCGCAAGCCUUAAUUGGCUCCCAUAAACGUGCGCAGAGAGGCAGUACGAGCCAUGGACGAUAACUAUCCGCCUGGUUUCUACUGCCCUGAAAGGGAACAACAACCUUCACAGCAACCGCCACCACACCAGCAACAUGUUGCACCCUACCCCAUGGACCUACCAUACCACACAACCUCACAACACCAGCCUGAGUUCCUAGUAGAUCAGCCUCUGAGAGUAUUCCCUGCACAGCACCCUGGGGCCGCCAUACUGAGAUCUGUAUUUCACGAAUCUACACCAAUGCUUCCAAGCCCAAGUCUUGUGCAGCAAACUCGUCAGCAAUCACCCUUCACUGCUAGAGGUCAUGGGGUCAAAUCUACAGCUCCGAGUCUGUCCGCAGAUUUUACCGCACUCCAGCCUCAAGGCGAGACAACUGCACCACCUCCUCGUAAGAAAUCACAAUGUAAAGAACAAAGUGCUCCAGCCACAAACUCCUCAUCCUCGGAUACGGCCCAGCUUCUCGUGGCUCUCAAUCUCAAAAAGAAUGCAAUCAUAUCCUCGAGUCAAGAACUUCCAAAGGGCCUCAUCUUCAAGGUGGCUUCGGAGGACAAGGUGGAGGGAGUGGUUGCCAAGGAUACAAUGGAGAAAGGGGUGGAGUUUGGACCAUACACAGGAACACUACUUGAUGAGGAGCAGGGAUGGUCCAAGGACACAUCAUGGGAGAUAUGUAAUCCAGGCGGAAUUUUCUUCUACAUUGACGGACGUAAAAACUGGAUGUCUCAUCUGAGAUGUGCAAGGAGUGAAGAGGAACAGAACAUGGAAGCAUAUCAGUAUUACGGCAAUAUCUACUUCAGAAGCACAAAGGUCAUUGAACCAGGAAGUGAACUAAAAGUGUUCUACAGCGAGGUGUAUGGGAAGUAUGUCAGAAUUCAUACAAGACUUGAGGAUCUCAAAUUUGACCAAGGUACUCAGAAGUUCCAAUGCAGCCAGUGUGAGGGUCUGUUCACAUCUGCCAAACUAAUCCUGAGACACAUCAGAUGUGAACACACCAGCCGUAUACCAGAUGAGAUGAUCCCUGUCCUGACAUACAAGAAGAAGAAGAAGAAACCGGCAGAAACUGAGUUGACGAUUAAACAGCAUGUCAGGAAAGAGAAACUAGACAGUGACAUGAAUGACAGUGAUGACACGAAAGAGUUGGUUUUCAAGUGUGGAACCUGUGGGAAGAUCUUUCCUUCCUGCGGUAGACUGAAGGCACACGAGUUGUUCCAUGAAAACAGCCAAGAACAUGCUUGUCCUGUGUGUGCUGAAGGACAGGCGAAUGCAAAGACCCUUGCCAUUCACAUGAAAAAACAUGAACCCAAGUUCUACAGGUGUAAGAAAUGCAACCAAAAGUGCAAAACAAAGACUGCCCUCAAUAAACAUGAGAGAGAAGUCCAUGGGCAUCAAUGCAGGUUCUGUUCGGAACGGUUCUUUAAGAAGAGUGAAUGUAUGAAGCAUGAGCAGACACACCAAGCUUUCAAGUCUUUAAAGCCUGCUGCGAAGAAGCAUGAAUCACUGUCAAAGACUCAGGCGUCACCUCCAACGAUCCACCAGCCUUCUGAACCAUCGCCCUCGGAGCCCAGAGACAUGCUUGGUAAGAGCACCAAUUACUACUUACAGCAACGACCCUUCAAGUGCCGCUUCUGUCCCAAGAGGUAUGUCUUACGUAAAAAGGUAAAUGAACAUGAGAAGGAGUGUCAUACAGGAGAAGCGGCAUUCAAGUGCACCCAUUGUCCUAAGAUCUUCACCAGCAAGGCUGCAAUGAUGAUCCAUAUGAAAUGCCAUGAGCAGCACCGCAUGUAUCGCUGCACACUCUGCCCAAGAAGCUUUGCAUCGGAGAGCGCCCUAAACAACCAUCAAGGAGAACAUACCGGACUGAAGCCAUUCAAAUGCGAAGUCUGUGGCAAAGGAUUCAGAGUUAAGAAAGCUGUCUAUGCUCAUCGGAGACGCAUGCAUCAGGAACGACCAAAACGAUUCUUUUGCUCAGUCUGCGACAAAGGGUUUGCCGAUAAAGCGAAUCUUGUCAAACACGAGAGACGCCACAAGGGCAUCAGGCCUUACGUUUGCCUAGAAUGCGGGAAAGCGUUCACAGGAAAUUGCGCUCUCACAGCUCACAAGAUCGCAUUGCAUACUGCCGAGAAGGCCUUUUCUUGUGAGAUCUGUAAUAAAACCUUCUCUUUGAACCAGCAUUACACUUAUCACAUGUUCAAGCAUAGAGUACAAGGAGAUGCUAGUCUAUGUGAGAGUUCAAAGCAAUGAAUUUAACCAACUCAAUACAGGAGCAGGGUUGUUCUAUAUAAACACCUUUGUUACUAAUACCAGCAUUUUUAUCGCUUUCUCUAUUAUUUUGAGAAAGUAAGCAUUUUGUAAAUGAGUAUGUCUUAUUUUUGUUUACCACGCCUUAUCCAAGGGUAGGGAUGAAAGGUGAAUGCUUCAGUUAGUAUCUAAAGAUUACUAAGCCUUUUAAAACAAAUUGUUGUAUUGCCCUUUGUGACCGACUGAAAAUGUUUAAAGUCUAUGGUUGGCUUUUUAUUUAACAUUUUUUUAAACUUUUUUUUAGAAGAAAAAAUGUUAAAUGAUGUUUUUUGUUUUUAUUUUUUUUCUUCAAAUCGAAUGACCGACCAAGGUGCUGGCAUCUAUUUAAAAGGGCAAUACCAAAUCUUUUUUGGGGGCCUUAUUAGGCACGUUCAAGAAGAGAAUAUUGAUACAAGCAUGUCAUACAACUGCUCAGGGUUUCAUGGAUGUUUGACUCACCGCUUGAUUCUAUAUUACAUCUUUGUAUUUCAUUUAUUCCUUCAUUCAUUCAUUCUAAGGUUUAUUGAAUUAUAAAUUCCUUGUUAAAACAGUCGGGAGACUGAUACAAACAAGUUGAAAUGUUCAAAAAUAUAAAUGUAAAAAACAAAUACAUCAUUAUGGAAAAGAAACAAAAAUUUA